AUGGGUGACAAGAUGGAGGAUUACGCGGCGGGUCGCAUCACCGUGUCAACGGAGGAGAUUAUCGACAUGGCUGCGCUCACCAUCAUCGCCGAAUCUCUUCCUAUUGGAAACUGGGCAACACUUGUGGAUCAAACGGUUCCAAGACUAUUCGUCGGCUUGAGAAAAAAAUAUUCUUGGGCAGUUGACGUGCGCUACAGAUUCCUUGAGCUUAAUGAAGAGCUGGAGCAGCGAAACAAAGAGCUCAGCGACGAAUUAGUGGAGUUGAAAUUGAAGGAUUCGUAA